AAGGCAAAUUGCAGCAGCCGUCAGUUGCUGGUCUUCGUUGGCGCGUGUGUCCUGUUGCCGGUCGGUCAAUGCCAAAAAGACUGGUUCCCAUACCGUGGAUGGACGCCCGUGUGUUGCUCGUUGUUUGUCGCCAUUUGUCAGUUCAUGGAGGUAGAAUUAGAAGCAAUUAUUGUGAAAUAAGAACGCUUUCUCCUCGGUCACCUGUGCUUUUGUUUAAUCAUUCAACUUUCAAAAUGAGUGUAAGUACAGCUGAUUGUCCGGUUCCGUAAACGGAAAUCGUCUGAGGCUCCUGGCGGCACAAAAACUUACGUUUGUGGAAGCCUGAAACAAGUGAAAGGCACCGAUGUCUGAUUUGUAGCUGCUCAUCACCGAAGGAAUGAUUUCAAGUCAAGGCUAAGAGCAGCCACUUCAUAAAUAUGACAUCUAUCAUAAAACUGACCCCAUUUUCAGGAGUGGGGGAUGAGUCUCCACCCUGUUACAUGCUCCAGGUGGACGAGUUCCGUUUCCUGCUGGAUUGUGGCUGGGAUGAAAGUUUCAACUUGGACUACAUUGAGAACUUGAAAAAGCAUGUUCAUCAGAUUGAUGCAAUGUUGCUGACUUAUCCUGACCACCUCCAUCUCGGUGCCUUGCCAUACAUUGUCGGCAAAUGCGGUUUGACAUGCCCCAUCUAUGCCACCAUUCCAGUCUACAAGAUGGGACAGAUGUUCAUGUACGACUUGUACCAGUCAAGGCAUAAUUCAGAAGAGUUUGAUUUGUUCACACUGGAUGAUGUGGACUCAGCAUUUGACAAGAUCAUUCAGUUGAAGUAUUCCCAAAGCACAAACCUUAAAGGUAAAGGUCACGGUCUGACUAUAACUCCACUUCCUGCUGGUCACAUGAUCGGAGGCACGCUGUGGAGGAUAGUCAAAGACGGCGAGGAGGAGAUCAUCUACGCCAUCGACUACAACCACAAGAAGGAACGCCAUCUGAAUGGUUGCGUCUUAGAGUCGCUGAGUCGUCCAUCGCUCCUCAUCACCGAUGCCUUCAAUGCCACCUAUGUUCAGGCCAGGAGAAGGCUGAGGGAUGAACAGCUGAUGACCAUUAUUUUGAACACAAUGAGAAGAGAUGGCAACGUACUCAUUGCAGUGGACACAGCUGGCAGAGUUGUUGAACUUUCACUCCUGUUGGAUCAGUUGUGGCGGAACACAGAAUCUGGGUUGAGCCCAUACUCGCUGGCAAUAAUCAACAACGUCAGCUAUAAUGUAGUAGAAUUCGCAAAGUCACAGGUGGAGUGGAUGAGCGACAAGGUGAUGCGAUCCUUUGAGGACAAACGCAACAAUCCCUUCCAGUUCAAGCAUCUGAAGCUGUGUCACUCACUGAAAGAACUGGCCAAGGUUCCAGAACCAAAGGUUGUACUGGCCAGUGUGCCAGAUCUGCAGUGCGGCUACUCCCGGAGUCUCUUCGUGGACUGGUGUGAUAACCCUAAGAAUAGCAUUGUUUUGACCUGCCGCAGCAGUCACGGCACACUGGCACGAUCAUUCAUCGACAACAUCCAACAGAAAGAAAUUAAACUCAAGCUGAGUAAGCGAGUGAAGCUGGACCCAGAGGAGUUAGAGCAGUACAGACAGAAAGAAAAGGAAAGAAAAGCAGCGGAGAAGAUGAGAAAGGGUACAGACAUGGACUCCAGUGACGAGAGCGAAGAGGAGAUGGAGAUUGGUGAAGUAGGAGGCCACAAAGGCAGUAAAAAAUUCAUCCAGCAUGAUUUGAUGCUCAAAGCAGAGAGUGGCAAGAAAGGGACUAGCUUCUUCAAGCACGCCAAGAAGUCCUUCCCCAUGUUCCCGUUCCACGAGGAGAGAAUAAGAUGGGACGAGUACGGUGAACUGAUUAAACCCGAAGACUACAUGGUCACGGAAAUGGCCCAGGCAGAGGAGGAGAAGACCAAAGCUGAAGAGGAUGGCUUUGAUGGUGAAGACGUGGGCGAAGCUGGUGCCGACAUUCCAACCAAGUGUGUCUCUCGCGAGGUCACUCUAGAGGUCAAAUGCUCAGUCAACUUCAUCGAUUUUGAGGGGCGCUCUGACGGCGAGUCUAUCAAGAAGCUGAUCUCCCAGGUCAAACCAAGACAGCUGAUUAUAGUACAUGGGUCAGAGGAGGCCACGCAACACUUGGCUGAGUACUGCCGGCUACAGUUGGCGGGAACUAAAGUAUUUACACCCAGUAUCAACGAGACAAUGGAUGCCACUAUGGAAAGCCACAUCUAUCAAGUGAGAUUGAAGGACUCUUUGGUAAGCUCCCUGGAGUUUUCCAAAGCCAAAGAUGCGGAGCUGGCAUGGAUUGACGGCCAGCUGGACCUCCCAACACCACAUCUUGGAGUGGUCAAGGAACAGACCGGAACCACCGAGGAAGAAGGGUCAGAGGUCAAGAUUAAAGCACCAGGGUUGGGCAUCGGUAAGGACACCUCUGCGGAUACUGAUGAGAUUAUACCAAUGUUAGGAGCCAUUCCGCUUCAGGAGGUCCCAGGCCAUUACCAAGUCUUUGUGAAUGCCCCCAAGUUCCAAGAUCUCAAGCAGGUCAUGUCGCGCAACGGCAUCCAAGCUGAGUUCAGCGGGGGUGUCCUGGUCUGCAAUUCGUUGGUAGCAAUCAAACGGAACGAUUCUGGCAGGAUCACUCUGGAGGGCUGCCUAAGUCCGGAUUACUUCAAAGUGCGAGAGCUUCUCUACGAGCAAUAUGCCAUCAUCUAAGAUGAGGACCUAAGGAAGAAAACGAGUCAGUCUAAAUACUAACCAGCCUUGCAUUUUGCAACUUGUGGACAAAUUCCAAAAGCCCCUAGUAGGACUGUCUAUGUGUCUUCUUUGGUCAGCAAGUCCUGUGCCAUUUUCCAAACUGCAGCUUCAUCUGUAGCAGUGGCUACCCCGACUUCAGAGUCAUUUCAAAUGUUUUUUCGUGAAAAAGAGCAAAGUAAACACCACCUCAAAAAUUGGCUGUAAGUGGCAGGAUCUGACGUUACUGAAUUGAGCUGAAGUUUCCCAAGCCUUGGAGCCAAAAUGGGAGACGAAGAAGAGGUUUCACUCAUUGGAGUGAACUUUUACCGCUGCGUGCAAACAUCAAACAGUGUUGUGUCCUGGCAAUGCAACUGCUUCAGUCGUUGGUCAUGCAUUUUGAUGCAGCCUGGUGAUAGUGCGGUAUUUUCAUGUGCAGCUAUGACCUGGAUUCCAUCCAUAUUCACAGCCUCACGACAUUUGGUGCCACUAAUGUCGAAUAUGCUACAUGCAUUCGGACAGUGAGACUUCAGAUCUCUAGCCAUGUACCAGUUGAGUAUAUGUAUCUUUAUUGCUGUAGUUUGUUUUAAUGUUAACACACCACCGUGUUAAACAUGAAGUCUUAUAAAUAGUCUGGUUUUUUUUCUUUGGCUGAUUCUGGGAUAUAAAGGCAACCUGGUUUUCCAUCACUGGUGAUCCAGUAUGUGACUUGUGGGGAUUUUAAAAAUAUUGUUGAUUUAUGUAUGUUAUCACUGCCUGACAGACUGAUAUAUCGGGUGAAACUUAGGGUAGGCAUUAGCAGAUCCAUGCCUUGGGGGACGGAGGCAAAUUAAAAUCUUUGCAUUUUUGUCAACAUCAUGAGAGACCAGCAAUUUGAGGAGACUUUUUACUUCCUUCCAAAAGCAUGUAAAAUGCCCCAAAAUGUAGCCUUCCCCUCAGAGAGACCAUAGAAAAAUUACAUGAAGAAAUUCCCAUAUUUCCCUUCUCAUCCCAGCUGUGCGUUCCCGAAAUAAAACACGUCGAUGUCAGACGAAAACAGCAGUUCACACUUGCCUUUUUGAAAUACCAAACUGGCUCAUUUUCAUGUAGAAGGGACAUCAAAGAUCUUCCGGUUUUUUUGUUUUUUUUUGUUAAUGCUAAAUUUGUAAUUCCUCGAGUUAAUUCGAAAAUUGUGUUUCUUUAAACUUGUUUAAAUUACUUCAAAAGUUUUUUCCACAAUUCCUGCACAAAGAGAGUCUUACAAAAACUGACAUAAGUGCUUGUUUUUCACAUCUGGGAUAACAAUGGCAUUUAUAGUUGGUCUGUUUGGUAUUAAACACCUGUUCAGUAGGGUUUAACUUUA